CUUUCCUGGUAAUGCGUUCAGGCGAACGAAAUGGUUGGGAGGCCCGCGAUCCUCUCAACGCCGACAUCGACGGGACUAACCAUUGAUGUAUAGAACGCCAAUUUCUUCGUUCUAGCUCAAUGUUCUCCAUGUUAAAUCCGAAGCUCGUUUCGUUCCCUCGUCUGCGGACGUCCGGCAAUCACGCUUCAGGAUUCUCAUGUCAUGAAUCCGAGUUCCAUCCGACUAUUCUGAAUGCCAGCACGUCUAGCGUACUCAGUCCGACGCCAAGUACAGAUAUCCCGAUUCUAAGUCAGUUAUUUUUGUCUGCCGGACCCAUACUUCGUUCAUGUAAUUAACACUCGGCAUCUGUAUCACUUACAGGUUGCACGCAAUCGCAUGACGAAAGUUCUAAGGAGUUAGUUCUAUCUAUAAAUGUCACAUUAUUGAGCAGGCCGGCACUCUAACAUACCAGAACGCUAGGAUUCAAUGUAUCCAAACCCUCGUGUGCCCCACAUCAUAUAAUCGUUGCGUCGUACCAUCUCGGGACCCCCCCAGUGUGCCAUUACGAGGUACUUAUCCUCAACGUCUUCGCACAGUUGUCUCGGUAGCUUAUCUGAAAAGUGUCCAUGGGACGUUUCUAC